UAGAGUUUGAUCAUCUCCUUCCUUCCUUUUCCUCCGGCUCUGCUGAUCUGCUCUACUACUAUUACUAUUACUUACUGCGUACCCCUUUUUUGACUCUCUUUUCUCUCUCCUCCUCUCUUCCGUUCUUUACUACUGCAAAUACCUUCAACAGAUCAUGUGAUUCCACCCCCUCACUUUCUCUCUCCUCAAUCUCUCUCUCUCUCUCCUCCUUCUUCUUCUUCCUCUGUAAUUAAUUAAUUAAUCAAUUCAUUUCUGCACUUUGCUCUACUCAACAAUUUCACUAGGUUUUUUUUUUUUUUUUUUUUUUUUUUUUUUUUUUUUUUUUUUUGAAUUGAUAUAAAUGAAGUCGUCGUUAGGAAAGCUGAAGAGAUUUGCAUUCCAGAGAAACGAUGGAAAAGAUAGGAAAGAGUUUCAUCCUCCUCCUCUUAAACUCGAUCAUCUUGCUCUUGCUUCUGAGGAGAUGCAGGAUAUGAGGAAUUGUUAUGAUAGUUUGCUUUCAGCUGCUGCUGCUACUGCAAAUUCGGCAUACGAGUUCUCUGAGUCCCUACGCGAAAUGGGUGGCUGUCUACAGGAGAAAGCAGAUUUGUACAAGGAUGAUGAGAGCAAAAGGGUUUUCAUGAUGCUGGGAAAGGUUCAAUUCGAACUUCAGAAACUUGUUGACCAUUAUCGCUCCCAUAUUUUCUUAACAAUUACAAAGCCAUCAGAAUCUCUUCUUGAUGAACUUCAAACCGUACAGGAGAUGAAACAGCAGUGUGAUGAAAAAAGGAGCGUAUACGAAUACAUGAUAGCCCAACAUAAGGAAAAGGGACGGUCAAAAAGUGGAAAAGGAGAAGGUUUUUCUGUAGAGCAAUUGCAACAAGCUCACACUGAAUAUGAAGAGGAGGCAACACUGUGUGUUUUCCGGUUGAAGUCCCUAAAGCAAGGACAGUCUCGGAGUCUCUUAACACAGGCAGCUCGUCAUCAUACAUCUCAGUUGAAUUUCUUCAGAAAGGGACUUAAGUCACUUGAGGCAGCUGACCCACUCGUAAAGUUGAUUACAGAGAAGCAACAUAUAGAUUACCAGCUUAGUGGGCUGGAUGAGGGUUUAGAUGGGGAGGAUGAGGGAGAAAAUAGUUAUGAUUCGAAUGAUAACGGGGAAUUAAGUUUUGACUAUCGGCCACAUAAGAUGGGAACUGAAGCUGCUGCAACAUCUAGAAACUCAAUGGAGCUGGAUCAAGAAGACCAAUUAUUUCCUAAAGCCUCAACCGUGGACAGUAUAGAGUUCAGUUUAGAGAAAGUCCAUGGAGAUUCUCAAAUGCUAGAAAGUGAACCUAUGGCAAGCAGCUACAGCCACUCUGCACCUAUUAUUCCAGAGAAAAAGUUUGAUCCAGCUGAGAGAGCAAGGCAAAUGCGUCCAUCCCGCACACAAAAGUUUCAUGCUUAUGUACUGCCUACCCCUUCUGAUGCAAAGAGUUCCAAUUCUUCAAGAACAAGUUCAGCUCCUCGUACAAGGCCAACAACCACGACUCACAAUAUGUGGCAUUCAUCUCCUUUGGAGACCAAAAUUAAUAAGAGAGAUUCAAAAGAGGAUAACCAGACAUUAUCUUUCUUUAAAGCACACACAUUAAAUGAUGAGAGAGAUACCAGCCAUGAAAACCAAGCCUCUACACUUCUGCCCCCUUCUGUGGCUGAUGGACUUUCAUUUCAACAGAGGGACUCAGUUGAUACAUCUGAUCAUAAGAAACUAAAAAGACAAUCUUUCUCUGGUCCUUUAAGCAGUAAUUCCCGGUCAGGGAAACCUGGUUUUUCUGCUAGUGGCCCCAUUCCUGCUUCAAAGCUUCCCCCCUUGCGAGCCUCUGGCCCCAUGCUGCCUCAGCCUUCAUCUCCAAAAACAUCCUCACGUCAUUCUCCUCCAUCUGUAUCACCACCCAAGAUAAGUGAGCUGCAUGAACUUCCUAGGCCUCCAGGUAUUGUAUCCAACAAACCUACAACAUCCUCUGCUUCAAGUGGUCUUUCAGGUCCUUUAGGGUCAAAGAACUCGGAGUUUUCAGUAGAAAAUAAAAGCAUCUUCGCUGCCUCCAAUACAGCAUCUCCCUUGCCAACUCCCCCAUUGACUGUUCCACGAAGUUUCUCUAUACCUUCGAGCCACUACAGAACGAAGGCAAAUGUCACAAAGCUUCUGGAGUCUCCUCAACUUAAUGAAAAAGAUAUUGCUUCUCCUCCACUGACGCCUAUGUCGUUAGCUAAUGCUAAUGCAGUUUUAACAUCUCCUAGAGCUGGGACUCAGUCUAGUGGAACAUAAAGGUGUAAGAAGUUUACGCAGUUUGGUUCCCAAGACAAAAGGUACUAAUUUAUCUGCCUCUUGUGAUGGGCGCAGCUAUGUAUAUAUUAGGUUCCCUGUCUUGUGUAGGCAUAUAAAUUGCAAUUUUGUUUCAUCAGCUGUAGCCUUUGCAAAUUCACAUCUGGGGCAAUUGUAUGUAACAGUCCUUGUAAGUUGUAACAUUUAGCCUUUGUAUUUUAAGUGAAUAAUUUUUCUUUUCCCCGACAGGGGAAAACGUUUAGGUUUGAAAAAAAAAUGAUGUUUAGUUUUAAUCAUAGCAAGAAAGAUUGCUAUAAUUUGGCGAAUUGCUGAGCUCUAGCUCUAAUAGGUUCAAGACCACUGUGUAUGACCUUUCUCAAGGACUAUAUAUGUUGAGAAAGAUAAGAGAUUCAGAGGGGAAUAAUUCUUACUUUCUUAGGUUGCAUACUUGCAUUUUGGUUGGAUGCUUGUAAAUGAAAUGUUGAAGAUGGAGGUUGGAUGCUCUGGGACAAGGAUUACUGUUAUAUAUUCCAGAAAUGAGAUGCAUUAAGAUCAAUUGAAGUGUAAUUUUGUUACUGUUUGAAAUAUCAAUAGCAUUCUUUUACAAAUUACAGUAAUAUUAUCACGGGUUACCUUUGUUGGUUAAAUACAAGGUAUCUGUUUUUC